AUGGCAAUGAAAUUCCAUAAUCCAACGUCUAAUGACAAUUCUACUUCUGGGAUUCAAGAAACUGACAAUUCUCAAAAUGAAGCUAACUCAACUGCUCCAACCACUAGAAUCAAGAAACCGUGGGAAAUAAAUGCUAUGAAAUGGCCUGCUCCAAAUCAUCGUAUUGAGGCUGCCCUUCAUUGGACUGACAUCAAUACAACCAACUACAAACGUUACAAGGAUUUAGACUUUACCUAUUUUUCGAAGGUUAACUAUAUCAAUGCUAUGGUUGAAGCCAACGCUACAUAUAUUGAACGUUGGAUUUCUGAUAGACCAUAUACUUUGGGACCUAAGUUUCCAACUUGGUAUUACAGUUUCUACGAAGAAAUGCGCGAACUUGGUCUUACCUACAUGUUAGAUCAUAACGCUAAAGAUGAAAUCGUUACCUCCGAAGGUCGUGAGCAAUUCUUUAACGCUGAAGAUAAAUUUAUUAGAGACAACAUUCUCGUUAAGAUUUUCCCAAAGAAACGUCCAAUGACCAACCAAAGUUCUUAUGAAUAUUGGCAAGAUUUAAAAAGAACUUAUGUUCCUGCUAAUUGUUCCCGUAUUGCUACUUCUACAUUCAAUAACUUCAAGCUAACUAAAACUACCCAAGGUAUGGAUAUUAGAAGCUGGAUUACUGAAACAAACGCAUUACGUGAAAUUUCAAUCAAAACCCAAGUUUACCAAUGA